AUACCGGCUAAACCUGAAGAGAAGAAAUGGGUCAGCAACAGUCUGGUCAGGGAGGUGGUGCUGGCGGUGAUAAAAAAGAUGACAAGGAGAAGAAGAGAAAGUAUGAACCACCCGUUCCAACCAGAGUUGGUAAGAAGAAGAAAAAGAUCAAGGGACCAGAUGCGGCUAACAAGUUACCCUUAGUCACACCACACACUAGAUGUAGGCUGAAACUACUGAAGCUUGAAAGGAUAAAGGACUACCUCUUGAUGGAAGAGGAGUUUAUAAAAAAUCAGGAGAGACUGAAGCCACAAGAAGAAAAACAAGAGGAAGAAAGAUCUCGAGUUGAUGAACUACGUGGUACACCCAUGUCAGUUGGAAGCCUUGAGGAGAUAAUCGAUGAUAACCAUGCGAUUGUAUCAACCUCCGUUGGAAGUGAACAUUAUGUCAAUAUUCUUUCAUUUGUUGACAAAGAUAGCCUGGAACCUGGUUGUUCAGUAUUGCUUAAUCACAAGGUGCACGCUGUAGUAGGUGUUUUAGCAGAUGAUACAGAUCCAAUGGUCACUGUCAUGAAACUGGAAAAGGCACCUCAAGAAACAUACGCAGACAUUGGAGGGUUAGAUACUCAGAUUCAAGAAAUAAAGGAGUCUGUAGAGCUCCCUCUCACCCAUCCUGAGUACUAUGAGGAGAUGGGGAUCAAGCCACCUAAAGGUGUCAUCCUACAUGGGCCACCAGGGACAGGCAAGACAUUGUUAGCUAAAGCUGUUGCCAACCAAACAUCUGCCACUUUCCUGAGAGUUGUAGGCUCUGAACUUAUACAAAAAUAUCUGGGUGAUGGACCAAAACUUGUCCGUGAGCUAUUUCGCGUAGCAGAGGAGCAUGCGCCCUCUAUUGUGUUCAUAGAUGAAAUAGACGCUGUUGGAACAAAAAGAUACGAAUCAAACUCUGGUGGAGAAAGAGAGAUCCAGCGUACCAUGUUAGAGCUCCUCAACCAACUAGAUGGAUUUGACUCCAAAGGAGAUGUAAAAGUUAUAAUGGCCACUAACAGAAUUGAGACUCUUGACCCUGCACUGAUUCGACCUGGUCGUAUUGACAGAAAAAUAGAAUUCCCUCUUCCUGAUGAGAAAACAAAGCGACGUAUCUUUAAUAUUCACACAAAUCGUAUGACUCUGGCACAAGAUGUGGACCUGGAAGAUUAUAUCAUGGCCAAGGAUGAACUCUCGGGAGCUGAUAUUAAGGCUGUAUGUACAGAGGCUGGACUACUAGCUCUUAGAGAGAGACGUAUGAAAGUUAGGAAUAAAGAUUUCAAAGAAGCAAAGGAUAAUGUGUUAUAUCGUAAAAAUGAAGGAACUCCUGAAGGACUUUACCUGUAGUCAUAUUCCUUUAGAGUAUGUUUCAAAAAUAGAAAGUAUGUAGAAAUAUGGACACAUGUAUGGAGAUUGGAUAAUGUUAUCACCUCUCAACAACAGAUUAACCUGAAUUAUUUUCUACAUGUAAGAGCACUUACAUUUUCUCAUUGUAUGUAAAAUGGAGGAUACAUGUGUGUCUCUUCACAAUAAAAUGAAUGUUACUGUAUGAAAAUGUGUAAAACGUUGAGUAUUGCCUCACAAUAAAAUAAUUGUGACAAAAAUGCGUCAGUUUCUCGAAGAUAUAAAAACGCUACCAUCAUGGAUUGA